UGUGUGUGUAAGUGUGUAUAUAUUAGAGGCUAGCUAGGAUCAUCAGUGGACAGAAAGACAUAUAUCAGAAAUGGGCAAAGGAAGAGCUCCAUGCUGUGAUAAGAACAAGGUGAAGAGAGGACCUUGGAGUCCCCAAGAAGAUCUUAAGCUCGUCACCUUCAUCCAGAAACAUGGUCAUCAGAAUUGGCGUUCCCUCCCCAAGCAAGCAGGGCUUCUUCGAUGUGGAAAAAGCUGUCGUCUGAGAUGGAUCAACUACCUAAGGCCUGAUGUGAAGAGAGGAAACUUCACAGAAGAAGAAGAAGAAACCAUAAUGAAGCUUCAUGAAGUCUUAGGAAACAAGUGGUCAAAAAUUGCGUCCGAGUUGCCCGGUAGAACAGACAAUGAGAUCAAGAAUGUGUGGCACACCCAUUUGAAGAAGAAAUUAUUAUCGAAGAACAGUUCAGAUAAUAAUAUCAACCUGUCCACUAGCACUGAUCAGUCCAAGCAAGAAUCAUGCAUAACCUCUUCUUCGUCGUCUUCCUCAACUGGACGCCAAGAAGCGACAACAUUAAUUCCUCAGAAAACUGCAGACAAUAAUGAGCAGAACUUUGAAAAUCCCACUAAAGAGUCCUCUUCACCAAGUUCCUUUCAGUGUUGUACUGAUCAAUCAUCAACAACUAUCUGCAAAUUACAAGACGAUAAUCAGCUGGAACUAGUUGUAGCAGGUUCUUCUUCAUUGUAUCAAGGAGGGCCAGAUAAUAAUGAUUAUAGUGAUACAGUACUAAACGAGGUUGUUGACAAGCCAGCUAAUGAUAACACUAUUGAUUUGCUUGAAAUACCAUUGGAGGCAGACGAUGAUUUUUGGAACAUGCUGGAUGAUGACAGCAACAUAGGAGGAGGAUCCUUCGUGUCAGAUCAUCAUCAGGUUCAUUCAGAUGCUGAAACUAUGAAGUGGAUCAGGGAGAUUGAGAAGGAUCUUGGAUUGGAACCUCAACAGCCAUCAUCUGAUCUAAUCAUAGGAUUGCCUGAUGUACACAUGUGGGCUAAUAAUGUUAGUUCUGGUUUCUGAGUCUGUAAGGAUUUUGUUCAUAAUAUAGCUAGGUUAGUUUUAAUUUGAUCAGGUGGAGACUCUAUAUUUUGUGUCUUUUUUUGGGCUUUAGGUUCCCUAACUUUCUAAUACUAUCUCCAGUCCUAAUUAUAAGACCUCGUUUGUAAAUUAGGAUAGAAGGUAGUAUGUGAAUCGAGCUUGUUAAUAGUUAAUUAGCAUUUAAUAGUUUCAUUUUAGUUUAAUGGAUUAAUCUCUGUACGUAGUGAAGAUAGGGCAUGUAUGUAGUUAUUAUUAGAUUCGAGUGCGCGCGCGCGCGCGUGUUGCAUGCAUCUUCAUGAAGGGAAAAAUAUUAGUGGUGGAU